AUGGGCCGUCAGUGCGGGGCCCCGGGGCGCGGCCCGGGGGAGAGGGGGCAGCGCGGGGAGCCGGGGGCGGCCAUGGGAGCGGGACGCGCGGGGCCCGACUGUGGCCCCGCCCCGGCCGCUCGGCCGCCCCGCCCCAGCCCGCCUUCUCGAACGCCGCCACCGCCCCGGCCGCCGGGGGGCCCGCCCGGGCUCCGCCGUGAGGCCCGAGGGGCGGAGCCGACGCGCACGCACGGCCCCUCCCCGAGCGCACGCCGCGCCUGUCGCUCAAGCAGCAGGCCACGCCCACACCCCCUGUGCCCUGACCCCCGCGCCUGCACCUUGAGGGGCUCGGCCAGCAGCAGGACCUGCGUCCCCGCACCCCCAGCGGCCCCACCUCCCACUCCAGCUGCUCCCGGGGGCUCAGACUCCAAGGGCGCAGCGACCUCCCACGAGGGCUCUCCACCUCGGUUCCUCUCCACCCACACGACCCAGCGCCGUGGCAAGAACAAUCUUCAUCCAGUCUACGUGAGGCGAAACCCCACCCUCACCUAUGGACUCCGCCAGUGCGUCCUAUUGAACACGAGGCUCCAGGAUUGCUACAUUGACUCACCAGUUUUCUCUAGUGACUGGGCGGCUAGGAUGUGUGCCAAUGAGAAUAUCGAGGCUCCAACCCCAGGUACCGCCUCCUGCUGGGAAGUUGUGAAGAACCCACUAAUUGCCAGUUCCUUCUCUCUGGUUAAGCUGUUGCUCAGGCGGCAACUGAAAGAUCAACGCUGCCCAGCAUCAUGCAAGUUGGGAGACAUAAAACCACCUGUGAAGACAUUAAAAACCAAGGACAAUUCAGUGGCUAAAGUCACCCAGCGUGUCAGGAUGAGAAACUCCAUCCGUUCCAGAAGCAAGCAGCUGGCAGGAUGGCUGCCAAGUUCACGUGGGUGCAGGAGGCAUGCAGGAGGCACCGGAGAGAGUGAAGACAGUUCAAAGGAGGAAGAAGCUACAGUCUGCCAAGAUGCCCGGGAUAGAUACACGGAGCAUGUGACUGCAACCCAAGCACUAUGUGGGGACAACUGGCCAGCAGCCUGCAAGGGCCAAGCACCACUUUCAGAAACCCACAGGCGACUGCCAUCGGCGGAGGACACUCUAACCAUCCAUGGCCUCCCCGCCGAGGGCUACCGGGCUCUAUAUCACGCUGUGGUGGAGCCGAUGUUGUGGAAUCCUUCAGGAACCCCCAAGAGGUACAGUUUGGAGCUGGGCAAGACCGUGAAACAGAAGCUCUGGAAAGCUCUGUGCAGCCAGGCUGCUGUCCCCCAAGAUGGGAUACACAAGGACCAGUUGCUGGGCCGGAAGUGGCUGGCAGUCCAGGAGGAGCCUGUGCCCAAGAAGUGGCCCAAGUGCAAAAAAUAGGCAAUCCCAGGACUAGGAUAUUCACUGCUAACCGUCUGAAAAAUAAACACUGCUUUGUA